CUCGACAUUAUUGAGAUACCAGCUUCCUGAGACGUCCCCUAUCCAACACGUCCUCACUUGUAAGAAUCAUUGAACAGUUUGCGGACCUGACGAUCUAAAAGGCGCCUCAUAAAAAGAACCAUCAAUCUGCCUGACAAGUAAAAUAAGAAAUAUCUGAUAUAAAAUUACCACCCUACGUUCCAGUCCUGUUCCGUGCUCUUCUCCUCGUCGAAAGACAUGAAGGUCCUCCUAUGCUUGGCCGCAUUACUCUGUCUAGCCCUUGCCCAGCAGCAGGAGGAAGUGCUCCGUGUGCCCGGAGGUCCAUCUCAAUCCGAAAACCAGAACCCAAGAAACCAAUACUUCGAAUUUGGUUUCAACAAGAAAGAUAAGGACCAUGAUGGAUAUUAUUUCCUGGACACUUCCAUCUGACUCUUCUAUCUUCG